CGGGGACCAGUUCCUCUAGGACCUCAUGGGCCCCGGGAGCCAUCCGGGCUUUACGCCGAGUGAGGCUGUGGAGGCUGCCCGGGCAGCAGGAAGCUGGGAGCCCAGGGAGGAGGCACCCGGAGAUGGAGCCCACGGUGGUAGGGCUGGACGGCAGGCAAGCCCGGGGUUGGGCCAUGCGGUGUCAGACCCCCACCCAGGACCACCUCCGCCUGCAGCUGCGGCUCAGCCCCACUGACCUUGGCUCCUGCCCGCCCUGCGGCCCCUGCCCCAUCCCGAUGCCGGCAGCCCGAGGCAGGCGCCAGAGCCAGGAGUGGGGCAAAAGUGACGAGCGACUGAUCCAGGCCGUGGAAAACGAUGAUGCAGCUCGCGUGGCCUCUCUCCUCACCCGCAAGGGGCUGGUGCCCACCAAGCUGGACCCCGAGGGCAAGUCCGCAUUCCACCUGGCUGCCAUGAGGGGUGCAGCCAGCUGCCUAGAGGUGAUGCUGGCACAGGGCGCCAACGUCAUGAGCACCGACGGGGCAGGUUACAAUGCCCUCCACCUGGCGGCCAAGUACGGGCACCCGCAGUGCUUGAAGCAGCUGCUACAGGCGUCCUGUGUGGUGGACGUCGUGGACAGCAGUGGGUGGACAGCCCUACACCAUGCAGCGGCCGGUGGUUGUGUUUCCUGCUCAGAAGUGCUUUGCUCCUUCAAGGCACAGCUGAAUCCCCGAGAUCGGGUGAGCCUCUGGGGUCUCUUGGGGAGCGAUACUGUCCUUGAUGGUAGGACAGCCCUGAUGCUGGCCUGCGAGGGGGCCAGCCCCCAAACGGUGGAAGUGCUUCUGCAGGGCGGGGCCCGGCCAGGCAUCACCGACGCCCUGGGCCAGGAUGCUGCUCACUACGGCGCCCUGGCCGGAGACAAGCUCAUCCUGCACCUCCUGCAGGAGGCAGCUCAGCGCCCCUCGCCCCCCAGCGAGGAUGACUCCAGCGAGGCCUCAUCUCAGAACUCUGUGUCCAGCCAUGAAAAGCGAGGGGCUCCCAAGAAGCGGAAAGCACCUCAGCCCCCUGUCAGCAUCCCUGUGCCGGAUGAUCGAGAUGCCUAUGAGGAGAUUGUGCGGCUGCGACAGGAGAGGGGCCGCCUGCUGCAGAAGAUCCGGGGCCUGGAGCAGCACCAGGAACGGAGGAAGCAGGAGCUGCCAGAGGCAGAGGCCAGCUCCCUGCACAGCCUGGAGAGACAGGUACUAGAGCUGCAGCUGCUACUGGCGGAGAAGCAGGAAGAGAAGGAGAGCCUGGGACGCGAGGUGGAGAGUUUGCAGAGCCGGCUGUCCCUGCUGGAGAAUGAGCGGGAGAACACGAGCUACGACGUGGCCACCCUGCAGGAUGAGGAGGGGGAGCUGUCUGACUUCCCAGGGGCCGAGGCUCUGCUCUCCAAGCGGCGAAGCCCCUCCACCCAGGAGCUCCUGGCCUCACUCCAGGAGCAGGUGGCUGCGCUCACCAGACAAAACCAGGAGCUCAUGGAGAAGGUCCAGAUCCUGGAGAGCUUCGAGAAGGACGAGAUGGAGGCAAACGGCUUGGCCGAGGCCGUCCCCCUGGCCCUCUAUGACACUCUCCGGGCUGAGUUUGACCAGCUCCGCAGGCAGCACGCCGAGGCCCUGCGGGCACUGGAGCGACAGGAAGCACGGGGGGCCCCUGGAGAAGAGGAGGCGGCCUCUGGGGAGAGCAAGGGCUCAGGAGUCAAGACCAUCAGGGACAGGCCAAAGGAAAUGGAGCUCAAUGGCAUCGUGGCUCCGGGAACUGAAGUUAACGUAGCUGAGAUCAGAGAGGAGGAGCCUGCAGGAGAUGAAGCUGUGGGAGCAGCAUCCAUGGGGACCGAGGCCACGGAAACAAAAUCCACGGGAGCCGAGGCCACAGGAACAACACCCACAGACACUGAGGCCACAGAAAUGAAAUCCACAGGAGCCGAGGCCACAGGAACAAAAACCUCGGGGGGCGGGGCCACAGAAACAGAGGCUCCAGAAGAGGGAAGAAACCCAGAAGCAGAGGCCACAAAGCCAAGAGCAGAGGAACCAGAAAGGAAGGUCGAUGGAGUGGGUGAUGCGGAGGCUGAGCUUACGGGCACAGAGGCCAAGCCCCAGGAGGCCGCGGGAGUGGGAGCCAUGGCCUCGGAGGCCCCCCUGGGCACAGUCCUGCACCCCGGCGCUGCGGAGGCCUCGGAACAGCUGCAGGAGGAGCUGGAGACCAGGAUCCGUGGUUUGGAGGAGGCCCUGCGUCAACGGGAGCGCGAGGCGGCGGCCGAGCUGGAGGCGGCCCACGGCCAGACUAGAAGGAUCAGAAGGCGCUGGGCUCCAGGCAUCUGGGAUGCACACGUCCUCAGGGUCACACGUGGGCUUGGGCUGCAGGUCCAGAGGGAGGCGUUGUUCAUGAAGAGUGAACGGCACGCGGCCGAGGCCCAGCUGGCCACGGCAGAGCAGCAGCUGCGGGGCCUACGCAACGAGGCCGAGCGGGCACGCCAGGCCCAGAGCCGUGCCCAGGAGGCCCUGGAUAUGGCCAAGGAGAAGGACAAGAAGAUUACAGAGCUGUCCAAGGAAGUCUUCAGUCUCAAGGAGGCACUGAAGAACCAGCCGGAGGCCCCAGGCCCCUCCGAGCUGGAGGCCCUCCGUGGCCAGGUGAAGGCCCUGCGGGAGCAGCUGGAGCAGGCCGCCAGGGACCACAGUGCAGUGGUGGCCCUGUACAGGAGCCACCUCCUGUAUGCCAUUCAGGGUCAGAUGGAUGAAGAUGUGCAGCAGAUUCUGAGCCAGAUCCUACAGAUGCAGAGGCUUCAGGCUCAGGGCCGCUGAGCUCUGACCCUCUGCCCUCCAGGCCCCGCGCGGGGCGGCCGGGCUCCCGCAGGCUCCCAGACCAGCCUGUGCCUUCCCCACUGUCCGUAGCUGUGUCCCCCUGCACACACCGGCUGCUGUCAAGCCCAGCCCUGGCUGUGCCCCCCGGUCACCGGAGAACCUGGGAGUCCCCCUCUCCCGAGUCCAGUCAAUCCUGUCUGUCCCUUAGCCAGGCAGCACCCCGGGCCCCGGGAAUAAAAGCUCUUGGAGCAAAGGA